AUGUCUUUGUAUGACACUGCAGAUCACAGCACAAUUCCCCUUCCUCUGGUGAAAUGUAAGAAAAGGAUUCAACCUCAGAUGCCGGAUGCUUGGCAUCAUUCUGGCAACAAGAAAAGGAUUCAAACUCAGAUGCCAGAUGCUCAGCAUCAGUCUGGCCAGAAGAUGAGGUGGAACACAACCAAGAUUACCCUUCCUCUGCGAAAUGUUAGAAAAGGAUUCAAACUCAGAUUCCAGAUGCUCAGCAUCAAUCUGGCCACAAGAAAAGGAUUCAACCUCAGAUUCCAGAUGCUCAGCAUCAAUCUGGCCAGAAGUCUACCCAACCAAGAUUAUCCUUCCUCCAGCAAAAUGUUAGAAAAGGAUUCAACCCCAGAUGCAAGAUGCUUGGCAUCAAUCUGGCCACCAGGUGAAGUGGAACACAGAACCAACUCAGUCCACCCAACCAAGAUUACCCCUCCUCCGGUGCAAUGUAAGAAAAGGAUCAUGCCUCAGAUGGAAGAUGCUUGGCAUCAGUCUGGCCACCAGAUGAAGUGGAGCACAAUGACAACUGAGAAUGAUGAUGGCCAUGCCACCACCACACACAUGAUGACAAUGACAGCAUGGAACAUGUAA